GGAGGACGGGGCGUGGCUGGACUGGCUCGGGGCUGCGUGGGGCUCACCGAACCCGGGAACGCGGGUGUCGUGGGUGGGAACGCGUAGUCCUGGGACCGCCGAGUCUGGGCGCGGGAGAUGGCGGCGCGAUGGAGCAGCGAGAACGUGGUGGUGGAGUUCCGCGACUCCCAGGCAACUGCAAUGUCUGUGGACUGUCUGGGGCAGCAUGCAGUGCUUUCCGGCCGCCGAUUCCUAUACAUCGUCAGUCUAGAUGCUCCCUUCGAAGGUCACCGAAAGAUCUCACGCCAGAGCAAGUGGGACAUUGGAGCCGUGCAGUGGAAUCCUCAUGACAGCUUCGCGCACUAUUUUGCAGCCUCGAGCAACCAACGUGUCGACCUUUAUAAGUGGAAAGACGGCAGUGGGGAAGUCAGCACGACCUUACAAGGCCACACUCGUGUCAUCAGUGACUUGGACUGGGCAGUGUUUGAGCCAGAUCUCCUGGUCACCAGCUCUGUGGACACCUACAUCUACAUUUGGGAUAUCAAAGAUACACGGAAGCCGACCGUUGCGCUGUCUGCUGUAGCGGGUGCCUCACAGGUCAAAUGGAAUAAAAAAAAUGCUAAUUGCCUUGCCACCAGUCAUGACGGGGAUGUACGGAUAUGGGACAAGCGGAAGCCCAGCACAGCAGUGGAGUAUCUCGCAGCCCACCUCUCCAAAAUCCACGGCCUGGACUGGCACCCAGACAGCGAGCACAUUCUUGCUACCUCCAGUCAAGACAACUCUGUCAAGUUCUGGGAUUACCGCCAGCCUCGGAAAUACCUCAGUAUUCUCCCUUGCCAGGUGCCUGUCUGGAAGGCCCGAUACACUCCUUUCAGCAAUGGAUUGGUGACCGUGAUGGUUCCCCAGCUGCGGAGGGAGAACAGCCUGCUCUUGUGGAAUGUCUUUGACUUGAACACGCCGGUCCAUACCUUCGUAGGCCAUGAUGAUGUGGUGCUGGAAUUCCAGUGGAGGAAACAGAAGGAAGGGUCCAAGGACUACCAACUGGUUACGUGGUCACGGGAUCAGACCCUGAGAAUGUGGCGGGUGGAUUCCCAGAUGCAGAGGCUUUGUGCAAAUGACAUCUUAGAUGGUGUUGAUGAGUUCAUUGAGAGCAUUGCUCUUCUGCCGGAACCAGAGAAGACCCUUCACACUCAGGAUACAGAUCACCAGCACAACUCCAGCCACGGGGAGGAAGAAGUCUUAAAGGAAGACCCCCCAAGCAGUCUCCUGGAAGAGAAGAAAUCAGAGCAGCUGGGCCUGCCUCAGACUCUGCAGCAGGAGUUCUCCCUGAUCAACGUGCAGAUCCGCAAUGUGAACGUGGAGAUGGACGCAGCAGACAGGAGCUGCACAGUGUCUGUGCACUGCAGCAACCACCGCGUCAAGAUGCUGGUGAAGUUCCCUGCGCAGUACCCGAACCACGCGGCCCCUUCCUUCCAGUUCAUUAACCCCACCACCAUCACAUCCACUAUGAAAGCGAAGCUGCUCAAGAUCCUGAAAGACACUUCCCUGCAAAAAGUGAAACGCAACCAGAGCUGUUUGGAGCCCUGCCUGCGCCAGCUCGUCUCCUGCCUUGAGUCUUUUGUGAACCAAGAAGACAGCGCUUCCAGCAAUCCCUUCGCGCUCCCGAACUCUGUCACGCCACCCCUACCGACAUUUGCCCGGGUGACCACCGCCUACGGGUCCUACCAGGAUGCCAAUAUUCCCUUUCCCAGGACCUCGGGGGCCAGAUUCUGCGGGGCAGGGUACCUGGUGUAUUUCACAAGGCCCAUGACGAUGCACCGAGCGGUGUCUCCGACUGAGCCUACUCCGAGGUCUCUGUCAGCUUUGUCUGCCUAUCAUACCGGCUUGAUUGCGCCCAUGAAGAUCCGCACAGAGGCCCCUGGGAACCUCCGUUUGUACAGCGGGAGCCCCACGCGCAGUGAGAAGGAGCAGGUCUCCAUCAGCUCCUUCUACUACAAGGAGCGGAAAUCAAGGAGAUGGAAAAGUAAGCGUGAGGGAUCGGACUCUGGGAAUCGACCAAUCAAGGCUGCUGGGAAAGUGAUCAUUCAGGAUAUUGCCUGCCUUCUUCCUGUUCACAAGUCAUUGGGAGAACUAUACAUAUUGAAUGUGAAUGAUAUUCAAGAAACAUGUCAGAAGAAUGCCACUUCUGCCUUGCUUGUUGGAAGGAAGGAUCUCGUCCAGGUUUGGUCGCUGGCUACAGUAGCUACGGAUCUUUGCCUUGGUCCGAAGUCUGACCCAGAUUUGGAAACACCCUGGGCUCGACAUCCAUUUGGGCGACAGCUACUGGAGUCCCUGCUGGCUCAUUACUGCCGGCUCCGGGACGUGCAGACGUUGGCUAUGCUCUGCAGUGUGUUUGAAGCCCAGUCUCGGCCGCAGGGGAUACCAAACCCCUUCGGGCCUUUUCCCAGCCGCUCAUCUAACCUUGUGGUGUCCCACAGUCGAUACCCCAGCUUUACAUCCUCUGGUUCCUGCUCGAGUAUGUCCGACCCAGGAUUCAACACUGGUGGCUGGAACAUAGUGGGAAGAGAGACAGAGCACAUAUCUUCACCCUGGGGAGAGUCCUCACCAGAAGAAAUCCGAUUUGGGAGUCUGACCUACAGUGAUCCUCGUGAGCGAGAGCGUGACCAGCACGAUAAAAAUAAAAGGCUUCUGGACCCCGCCAAUACCCAGCAAUUUGAUGACUUUAAGAAAUGCUACGGAGAAAUCCUCUACCGCUGGGGUCUGAGGGAGAAACGAGCUGAAGUGCUGAAGUUUGUUUCCUGCCCUCCUGAUCCUCACAAAGGAAUCGAGUUCGGUGUGUACUGCAGCCACUGCCGGAGUGAGGUCAGGGGCACGCAGUGCGCCAUCUGCAAAGGCUUCACGUUCCAGUGUGCCAUCUGCCACGUGGCCGUGCGAGGGUCGUCCAACUUCUGCCUGACCUGUGGGCAUGGGGGACACACCAGCCACAUGAUGGAGUGGUUUCGGACCCAGGAGGUGUGUCCCACCGGGUGUGGGUGCCACUGCCUGCUUGAAAGCACUUUCUGAACUGACAGCCCGUGGGAGUUGUGGGAAAUCCCAGAGAACCCGUCAUUGCCGGUUGACAAGCUCUCUGCCAGGAGAGAGACUCCAGAACCCACCCCUAACUAGACAGGGAUGUGCUCUCCUCAGAGGCUGACGCGGUGCCAGCUCUUCAUGAGCCUUUGCUUCUCUUUUGUUGGCUGUUGGUGGCAUGGAUGUCGGUGGAGGAGGACACGGGCAGGUGGAAGUUUUCUUGGAGAAAAGCACCUGCCUCCAGAGCCGUGUUUACCUUUAAGACGACAGCAUCCUUUCUGAUGCCAUCAGAGAGAUCAAGGUUGGUUGCAAAGGACAGUCUCCUGAGCCAAAGGACCGUGGACAAAUGGGCCUGUGACAUAAGUUUAUGCAUUUAUGACCUGAUGGACUGUGGCCUUUUAAAAUAUACUUAAGUUAUAAAUAUGUAAUGUACUUAAGGAUCCUUAAGAUGUAUUUUUCUGUUUGUUAUUUCUCUUCCAGCUAUUCUCCCUUGGCUAAUAAAAUUCUAGUCAUCGCUUGAAAAACAAAGAGAUGAGG